UCCGCCGCUAUUUAUAGUCGUAAGAAGCUACGAAUGUGGUCCGAUAAAAGCAUGGGAAUUUAGGAGAUACGGACCUCAAACUGUCGAUUUAACACCGACCUGGUUACCGACAUCAAUAUGGCCUCCGGUUCAUGUGCCGACGCGGAAAAGUCAGGCAUAGCUGCCAAACUAUGGGCUGCGGCGAGAAACACAGUGAACAUGCUGACAAAUGAAGCAGAUGAUGACACAGCGUUUAGACCAAUAGAAAACAUGUGGGACAAGUCGCCAUAUGAUCAAAAGGACGAUAACGACGAAGAAAUGGAGACGAUGGACAUGGGAUUGAAAAUUGAUGCCGUUUUCACGAUGCCAUUGGACGCGUAUUUAACACAACAUGAAGAAGAACACAUUUCGCGACCAAUCGAACAAAUACUCAAGGUCGAACAGCAGGCUAAAUCUCGUGCAGCUCUAUGCAAACCAUGUUCAGUUGUUUUGCAAAAAAUUGAUCAUGACCUUUCCGGAAGACACCGGGUAUUUUACCGGCAAUGGAAGAGACGUUUCGAUAAGUGUGGAUAUUCCUGUCGAUACAAAUUCAUUAGUGAUAGGUUAAGACCUCGGCCAAAGACCCCAACGAAGACUAGGAAGCCGUAUACCUACAAACAGGAUGUGAUAAAAUCAGACAGCAUGGCUCGGUCUUGCUUAGAAAACACACAGCAAAGCUUCGAUGGAAAGGAUGAUACACCGUAUAAAGCGAACGUUGUUGAUGUCAAACAAUCUUCAAAUAUAAAAACAAUGCCGCUACGGGAUAUUUUGCACAAGAAAUCUCUCUCUAAGAGAGACAAAUUACGUUAUCAGUACCUCAACCAGAAGUCUUCCAAACUAAAAGAUAAUUCAACCAAGUCAAAUAUCAUGCGUGAUCAAUUUAUCCAUGCGCAAAUAAAAACGUCAUCUGAUCCAGCUAACCAUUUGUCGGAAGAUUAUAGAACACAUGCAGAAAAGAACAAUGAAACUACAACACCGGGAAAGCAAUGUACAAAAGAAACUAAAGAUACUCUGAAGAAAACAAAAGUGAAAAUAGAACCAGGGUUAGAACUACAAAAUCCGUCUUCUGAUGUGAAAUCGGCAAUGUUUAAACAUAUUAAAGUGAAGGUCGAGCCGAAGUAUGAAGAUAAUGAGUACGGUGAUUCACAUCAUUCACACAUUCAUAAAGAUGGAAGUCGUCGACACAUUGAUCUUAAAUUGAAGACUAAGCCUGGAUUAGUGUCACUUUUGAAAAGGCGACAAGAUAUUACCGCGUCAGAAGACAUAACAAAAUAUUCUACGCUGAAAGGAAUUCUCGGCACUACAGAUGCACCACAAACAAAGAAAAUUGCCGAUUUCAGAGAAAAACACUCACUAAACCAAUCAAGAACAGAGGCUUCAAAGUCAAAAUCUAAGUCUACCGCACCAGCCGAAUUAACCGUUAAUGCACUAAAGGCAACCGUGUCAUUUGCCCCGUACAAGAGUAAGAUGCCAGUCAAUUUGAAACCUACAGAUAAUAGCAAAACAUUGAAGACUUCAUCAACUGCACAAGAAAAUCAGAACAUUGAAAACCGAUCUAACACUGUGCCUUUGGUCCAAAAUACUCCACUCUUCUUGACAAAUAAUAACCAGGUAUCAUCACCUCAGGUGCCGCUUCAAUAUGUUCUAACAGGUACCCAAAAUCCAUCGCAAGUGAUCCUGACUGGUUCAAACUCAACAAAUACCUCAAAUCCAGCACGCUUAGUUCUGACAGGUUUAAACGCACCUCAAGGCGCUCAAAAUCCAAUACAUGUGGUUCUGACUGGUGCAAAUUCAACAGGUACCCAGAAUCAAACAGUGGUGUUAACCAAUCCAAAUCAGUUGACCUCUACGAUUCAACCACAAAUUGUUCUUACGGAUGCAAAUCGGCCACCGAAAAGUCAAUGCUCUCAGUUGAUUUUAGCAAAUGGUAACACAAAUGGACCACCACGAUUGUUUUUGGCAAACACAAAUCCACACAUACCUGUAACUCAGAGCGCCCAGCAUAUUGUAUUGACCAAUGCCAAUCAGGCCGUUCCCAACCAGGGUCAGCAACAGUUAGUUUAUGCCAACAUGUAUACAAAUCCAAACCAGACGAAUGUUGUACAAACGGGACAGCUUGUACUAAACAAAAUAGUGCAACAACCUCAGCAACAGACAAAUGUAUUAAACAUCCCAUCUACACCACAGAUACAACUACAAACAAUUACCGGGGCUCAAGUCAGAAAUAUUGUUCCUCCUGUACAAGAAGCAGCUAUCGGGCAGUCUACGGUCACUUCGAUACAGCAGCCUGUUCCUGUGAUUCAAACGUCCAGUGUCUUGCCAAGCACAAUGAACUUUCCGCCUGGUACCUUGUUUUUGAAACAGAACUGUCUUCCUGGACAAAUCCCUCAAUCGGGACUACAGGCACUGACCAAAUUAAUGGCAGAAAAACAAAACAAACAGGCACCUACAGUGGUAAACAUUGGCCCCAGAGGCGUGGAAAAUACGGAUUCCCAACCAACUUUGCCAGUUCAAGGGAAAACUGUUACUAUUGGAAAUCAAAAAUAUCUUCUUGUUCCUACGGUAUCCCAAGGUUCUCCUGCCCCAACCUCGCUUAAUGCAGGCGUUAAAGAUAAUAACACUGGAAAUCUUCAGUAUGAUGGAUUUUCAAAGUUAUCUGUUGCGAAGAAAAUGAAAUUGUUACUGGAAAGGAGUGAAGCCAGUCAAAACCAAGGACAGACAUUACCCAGCCAGUCGAGUAAAUCGACGUCCAGUAAAGCAGUCCUGCAUACAUCAAUACCUUCGGAAACCAAACCAGAUAGGUCAUCGGCAGCAGAUACAGCUUCAGUCAUCAAAAGGGCUAAACAAACCCUCCCAACAGAUUCUCAUAAAACAUCCCAUUCAAAUCAUCAGACGAAUACUGAUGAUGUAAUUUUUAUUGACGAUACCGAUAUUGUUCCUGUAGAUAUAGUGCAAAAAAGUUUGACAAAUCCACGAAAACGAAAUCCGCGAAAAUCCAAACCACAACCUCGUUUAGAUUAUGACGAGUUUUUGAAAAAACAGCGGAGGUCCAAGCAGAAGUCAAAGCAAGUUUCUUCAAGCGAUGAAAAUGAAAGUACCGACAGUGAAAUUGAUAUCGAGACUGUAGAUACUGAGCCUGAAAUGGCUGGUAAAGGCAUGCUGAUUCCGAAAACACCAACUAUGCCACCAGGUUUGUAUCAGUGGCCGGAUGGUGCAACUAUUGACGAGAAGAGCAUUACACUUCCACCCAAUUUUUGCAAGGAAUAAAUCCUGAGUGAAUAAGUUCCCAUCAAACACGGCUUUGUUUUAAUGAACAGUUUUGUUAAUUGUGCUUAUAUUGAGAAAAGCAACAAUACCACCGUGUUGGGUACACAGAAUUUCGAUGUUGAGAGAUUUGCUUAUCUUAAUUACUCUGUAACAUCCAGAUACAUUUCAAGUUACUGUCAGCAGUUUUUGUUACAUCCAGAUAAGUUUCAAGUUACUGUCAGCAGUUGUAUUUGUUGAUUGUCAGUAUAAUUAAAUCUUAAUUACGACCCCUUUCGUCAUAAAUGGUUGCUUAGA